GACGAGAACCAGAUUCUCAUGAAAAAGGAAAUGGACUUUGAAUUCUGUGUCUCUCUCUAAUCAUCGUUUGUACGUUUCGUCGAGUUCUGUUCUCUCUCUCUCUCUCAACUCUCGCAGAUCGGAGGCGAUCUUCGAGCUUCAUCCAUGGCUUCGAAGCGGAUCUUGAAGGAGCUCAAGGACCUCCAGAAAGACCCUCCUACCUCCUGCAGUGCUGGCCCUGUAGCUGAGGACAUGUUUCAUUGGCAAGCAACGAUUAUGGGUCCCCCUGAUAGUCCUUAUGCAGGGGGAGUCUUUCUAGUUACUAUUCAUUUCCCUCCUGAUUAUCCUUUUAAACCACCUAAGGUUGCAUUUAGGACCAAAGUUUUUCAUCCGAACAUAAACAGCAAUGGCAGCAUAUGCCUUGACAUUUUAAAAGAGCAGUGGAGCCCUGCCCUGACUAUAUCCAAGGUGCUUCUCUCAAUCUGUUCCCUCUUGACGGAUCCAAACCCGGAUGAUCCACUGGUGCCAGAAAUUGCUCACAUGUACAAGACAGACAGGGCCAAGUACGAGACAACUGCUAGGAGCUGGACUCAGAAGUAUGCCAUGGGCUAGGCCCAGCGUGCUUUGCGGCCUUUUAGGAGCUAGUCUUUUUCUUCCUUGUCAUGUAAAAAUGAAGUGCCAACGGACUAAAAUCUGUACCUUACACAUGAUAUGAAAGCGUGCGAGUGUGCUCUAAUGCUUUGCUGUUUCACGCUCUUUUACUUCCUUGACAGUCACGUCCUUCCUGUGUUUUUUUACAAGUAUAUUUGGUAUAACUAUUGACUCAUGGGUGAUCUAAA